AAUUUUUCAUUGUUUUGAAUUUUGAAAUAGUUAAAUUUAAAUAUCUAAAAGGUUGAUUAUUUCUAAUUUAACUAGUAAUAAAUAUAGAUCAAACUGUUAUAUAAUGGAGAUAACAAGAAAGAACUUUGCUGAGGAAUUAGAAAACAUAACCAAUAAUUUGAAACGUUCAUGUUUUAUUGGAUUCGAUGCUGAAUUUACUGCUUUACUAUCAGGAGAAUGUUUUCAGCACAGAUUAUUUGACACAAAUGAAGAAAGGUAUAAUAAAAUCAAAGAUGAAGUUAGUAACAUGAUUAUUUCACAAGUGGGUCUCACAAUGUUCCAGUACGACAGAGACGAAGAUGGAUAUAAUGCUAUUGGGUAUACAUUUCACUUGUGUCCUCAAGUGUUGGGAGAUAUUGACCAAUCAUUCAUAUUUCAAGCUUCAACAUUAAAGUUUUUGUGUAAACAUAAUUUUAAUUUUAAUAAGUUCAUCUAUGAGGGUAUACCUUAUCUAUCAAAAGUAGAAGAAGAUGAAAUUCUUGAACAAAUCAAAAACAAUAACUUAGCAAGCUAUCUAACAAGUGCAUUACAAAUUGAAGAAGAAAAGGAAAUACAAUAUUACGGCAAUAAAGUCAGUGAAUGGUUGCACACCAGCGAAGAAGGAACAAUUUAUAUAGAUGUACAUAACCCCAUUCAGAGGUACCUCAUACAUAUUGAACUCCGGCAAAGGUUUCCACAUGUUCUUACAACAGAUAGCUUAGGUAAUAGCAAUAAGAUCUUAGUAUAUCGAGAUAAGAGUAUAGAAGGGGCUAACAACGCAACACAGGAAAUGUUAGAAAAGAAUUUAUUAGAAAAAUUAUUAGGUUUUUCAAACAUAAUAAAAUUGUUAGUACAAUACAAGAAACCAAUAAUUGGGCAUAAUUUGUUUAUGGAUUUAAUACUUUUACAUAAUCAAUUCAUAGGACCAUUGCCUAAAAAAUAUUCCAUAUUUAAAAAGAAUAUAAACAAUAUGUUUCCAGAAGUAUUUGAUACUAAAUAUAUUUCACAUGAAAUGGGCAAGAAAUUAACGCUGGAUGAAGUAUGGCAGUCAAAUAUAUUACAAGAGUCUGAUAACCAUUUAUCUAUUCUUGAUGACUGCACUCUAGUAUUAAAUGUAUUAAUUACAUUCCAGAGCCUCGAUGAAAACGAUCCGCCCACGCACCGUCCCGAUUUGUUGCACAUCAAAUCUCUAAAGGAGCGAAUUAUGAACAUCGAUAAGGUGGCGAGCGCGGUGGCGGGGUGCGGGGCGGCGGACGUGCGCGCGCUGGGCCGCCGCGCCGCGCUUGUAGCCGCUGGCACGCACUUCACGGCUGAGAGGAUCCUGAAGAAGUUGAACGACAGCCGGGACUACAGAGUGUCGACAUACAAGCCGUACGCGCAGUCCGCGGCGCGUCGCCUCGCCAUCUGGAGCGGCGCUUUGAUCACAGGCAGCUUGUUGUUAGUGCUGCUACACAAGAGAGUCAAGUCGUAAACAUACGUCAUUCUGUUUGUAUUAACUGAUCAAUAAGAGUUAAUGUAAAGUAAUAAUUAAAUAAAUAAAUCAAAUAUUA